CUCCAACUCCCAUCCUCUCCAUUCUCGCGCUCCCCCCGCCGCGCGGCAGUCUCGUUCGCACGCCCACCCCGACCCUCCCCUCCGACCCUCCACCUCCGACCCUCCACCUCCGACCGUCCGCUCGUUCGCUCCGCUUCCGCAGCGCCCAGCGCGCAUCCCUAUCCCACCCAUCCAUCCAUCUUCACUCCUCCCCAUCCUCCCAGCCAUCAUGAACUACGUGCAGCUCGAGAAGCUCGGCGAGGGGACGUAUGCGACGGUGUACAAGGGCCGGUCACGGACAACGUCGGAGAUCGUCGCGCUCAAGGAGAUUCAUUUGGAUGCUGAGGAGGGCACGCCGAGUACGGCGAUUCGCGAGAUUAGUUUGAUGAAGGAGCUCAAGCAUGUCAACAUUGUCCGCUUGCACGAUGUCAUACACACCGAAUCCAAGCUUGUUCUCAUCUUCGAGUUCUGCGAGCAGGAUCUGAAACGAUACAUGGACACGCACGGCGAUCGCGGUGCGCUGCCCCUCAACACUGUCAAGAACUUUACAUUCCAGCUCCUCCAGGGCAUCUCCUUCUGUCAUGCAAACCGCGUACUCCACCGCGACCUCAAGCCGCAGAACCUCCUGAUCAACCGUCGCGGCGAGCUCAAAAUCGGUGACUUUGGUCUUGCGCGCGCGUUUGGUGUCCCAGUGAACACGUUCUCAAAUGAGGUCGUCACUCUCUGGUACCGCGCACCGGACGUGCUUUUGGGCUCGCGCACAUACUCGACGUCAAUUGACAUCUGGUCCGUCGGCUGCAUCUUCGCCGAGAUGAUUACCGGCUACCCUCUGUUCCGCGGGCGCGACAACAACGACCAGCUCGUCCAAAUCAUGAAGAUCGUCGGUACGCCCUCAGACGCGACUCUGCAGCAGAUCAAGAUGAACUCGCCGGAAAUCACGCUCAAGCAGCCUCUUUCCAAGCACCCGAAGCAGCCGCUGCACGCCAUCGUGCCCAAAGCUCCACGCGACGCCAUUGCGCUUCUCGAGCACCUGCUGCAGUUUGAGCCGAACCGUCGAUACACCGCGAUCGAUGCCCUCGGGCACCCGUACUUCACCUCUGGCCCCAUCACGCCCGCAACGCUCAGCCCCAGUGUAAGCAGCUCGACGGCAAGUCUUGCGCUGCCCCCCCGCGUCGCUGCUCGUGCUAGCCAAGCGUCUGCCGCGGUCCAAGCCCAGCAGGCGCAACAAGCUCAGGCUCAGGCGCAAGCGCAGGCGCAGGCUCAAGCCCAGGCCGCGCAAGCCGCGCAAGCGCAGCAGCACGCGCGCCAGCAGCAGCAGCAACAGCAGCAGCAGUACAUGAUGAUGGCGCAGCAAGCUGCCGCCCAGCAGCAGGCUUAUUACGACCCCAACAUGCAGGCCCAGGUGGCCGCGGCUCAGGCCCAGGUGGCUGCCCAGGCGCAGGCGCAGGCGCAGGCUGCAGCGCAGAUGCAGAUGCAGCAGCAGCAGCAACAGCAGCAGCAGCAGCAGCAGCAGCAGCAGCAGUUCUACCAGCAGCACCAGUACCAAUAGCCUGCUGCUUUUAGUCCGGUCCGUAUGAACGCGUCCGUGGUAGC